CCAUCAACCCUCACAAUAACAUUCCUCAAAUCCGACCACAUAGAUAUUAUCAAAUUUUCCCACAUCCUCAACCUACAAUGGCAUCUACCUUAACCUUCACAAAAACUUUCGUGAUAUUUGCCUUUGCAUUUUCUCUCACCCUGCAAGCCACUCUAGGUGAGAUAGAAUGCGAGAAUCUGAGCCAUGACACGUGUUCGUUCGCUGUGUCAUCCGGUGGGAAACGGUGCGUGCUGGAGAAGCGCGUGAGGAGGAGUGGUGAGGAGGCAUACACAUGCAAGACAUCAGAGAUUGAAGCUGAGAAUGUGAAGGAUCACAUUGAAACAGAGCAAUGCAUAAAGGCCUGUGGAUUGGACAGAAAAUCCCUUGGAAUCUCAUCAGAUUAUCUUCUUGAGUCUACCUUCACACGCAAGCUCUGUUCCCCUCACUGCUACCAGAGCUGCCCCAACGUUGUUGACUUAUACUUCAAUCUCGCAGCUGGUGAAGGUGUGUUUCUUCCCAAGUUGUGUGAGGUACAAGGUGUGAAUGCUCGUCGAGGAAUGGCUGAACUCAGAAGUUCUGGUAUUGUGGCACCAGGACCUGUGAACUCUCUGCAGUUCGGUAGUAUUGAACCUGCGGUUUCCCCAUCACCAAACUAAGAACUGUAAUUUCUUGGAACACGCAGAGAAAUUGAACUGCCAUUGUAGUAUAUGAGUUGAGAAUGCCACACUAUGUUUUGGUUGUAAUAAGGAAUAGUUGCACCUGAAUAUGUAGUCUGAUGUAAGACGCUCCCUAUAUGGUUGGUUCCUGGUAACCCACAUGUGGCUGGAAGUGGACAUGGAUCUCUAUAUUUAAUAAGGUGUAACUUUCACUAUAUUAUAAAUUAUUCGUAUAAAUUACAACGAGUUCUUCUGAAUCAGAAUUAGAUAGAAAAGGGUUUUCAAAGGAUUAUAAAUAGAAAAGGGAUGUGGUUA